GAAGAGAGGAGGGUUGAUGCAGAGCAAGGUCUGAUAGUUCCCGCUACUGCGACUCUCAUCCGUGUUUAGCUGUCGCAAGUUGGUCGUGUAAAACACGCGGUCUGUGUCGUCCCAGACGAACAAGUCCCCACCCAAACAAAAGAAUCACCAUGGCGUUGAAAGAAACUGCUGGGCUGUAUGAGACACUCAAAACAGAGUGGAACAAGAAAAACCCAAGCCUGAGUAAAUGUGGAGAACUUCUGAGCAAACUUAAGGUUUCAUUACUGGAGCUGAACUUCUUACCUACCACUGGGUCCGCGCUCACUAAGCAGCAGCUCAUUUUAGCUCGUGAUGUCCUUGAAAUUGGAGCCUUGUGGAGUAUCCUCAAGAAGGACAUCCCAUCCUUCGAGAGAUACAUGGCCCAGCUAAAAUGUUACUACUUUGAUUACAAGGAGGAACUGCCGGAAGCUGCCUACAUGCACCAGUUACUUGGACUGAACCUGCUCUUCCUGCUUUCACAGAACCGCGUGUCUGAGUUUCACACAGAACUUGAGAGACUGAGUGCACGAGAUAUUCAGACCAACGUAUACAUCAGACACCCAGUGUCCCUAGAGCAGUACUUGAUGGAAGGAAGCUACAACAAGGUAUUUCUUGCCAAAGGCAACAUCCCUGCUGAGAGCUACACCUUUUUUAUAGAUAUUCUGCUCGACACUAUUCGUGAUGAGAUCGCAGGCUGCAUACAGAAAGCUUACGAGCAGAUCCAGUUCAAUGAAGCCACCCGUGUGCUUUUCUUCAGUUCCCCAAAAAAGAUGACAGAGUAUGCCAAGAAGAGGGGAUGGAGUUUGAGCCCAGAUGGCUAUUACUCUUUCACCAGUCAGCAGCAGCGGACAGAAGAGGUGACCAUCCCCUCUACAGAGCUGGCACAACAGGUCAUCGAAUAUGCACGACAGCUGGAAAUGAUUGUGUAAUCCGCCCCCAGGAACACACUCAGACAUGUACAAACACACUCAGAAACACAUGCCGCUGAUCCAGUGAACAUCCAGUCAGCCCAAAUGCAGUUUCCCUGAGUGAUAUGACUUCAUUGAUUUCCAGAGUGGUUGAUUUGUUGCCCUGUCUACCUAAAGAAAUAAAACAUUUAUUUUUCCCGUAUUCGACUUAUCUGCAGUUCUUCCUGUCUGGAAGUUUGCUUUCAUUUUAAAGGAUGGGGAACACAACUGAAAGUCUCACAGGUGUAAUGCUACGGUUAAUUAUUGUAUCCAAGAUGCCAUCUGUACAACAUUAAAACUGACCUUUUUAAGAUCUUAUUCACAACUGGUGACCCUUGGGCCUCAGCUCUUUUACAAAUACUAGAAAAGUCAUUACAAACACCACCCUGUGACUUUGUCCGUCAGUGUCACACAAAACUAUCAUCUUUUCUCCCCCUGCAAUUCAAGCAAACUCUUUUUUUGUAUACAAAGUUAAUUUUCUCCUUUAGUAAAGCUCACGGAAAUGUAUUGCCCUUGCCUUGUAUCCUAGCAACUGACAGAAUUUCCAUUGAGUGUUUUCUAAAUGGUAAAGCCUCUUCCUCCCUAGAUGGUUUGUAAUCCAGUUGAUAUUACAAUGCAAAUCUUUGUCUGCAAUAAACAAUUCAGAAAAUAAA